CACGAAAGCAACACGAAAUUAAAAUAGUGAGUACUUCGAUAGCACGUGGUGUCACAAUCAGUCAUAACCUAUAUAUUUACACAUUUUUAUAUACAUAUACAUAUACAUUUAAAUAUCAUUUAUAUAAAUAAAGUUUUAAAAAUAAAUAAAAAUGAUCCGGACAUCCAGAGAAGUUUUAGUGACAAGUGAUAAUUCUGGAGACACGUGGAGUGCAUCAGUGUGGGAUCCAGUGACCGGCUCUCAAUUGAAGACGUACAGAAAUCCAUCAGCAAUAAAUCAUCAUUGCCUGAGUAUCCUCAGUGACAGUUACAUGCUAGCAGCAGACAUAAAAAAAUCACGUUUGUAUUUCUGGGCCUUGAAUAGCCAGAUUCCAGUUUCAAAUUUAUCAUCAACGACACCAGGAAAAGUUUCAGCGUUGGCUUGUGCUCCAAACGGCCACUUUCUUGUAGCAGCAAUAAACGAAAACAUAUUUAUCUGGCAGUUAUCUACAGGAAAAUUACUAAGGACACUAUCAAGACACUAUCAGACAGUGACAUGUUUAGUUUUCAGUUCAGACAGUUCGCGUUUUUCCAGUGGUGGUGAAGACAGUCUGGUAUUUCUAUGGGGAUUGACAAGCGUAGUAAAUAAUUACAAUGAUGCUGCUCCUGUUUAUAAAUUUUCACAUCACACUGGUCCAGUCAAAGACAUUUAUAUCGGUAAUUUUUCACAGCGAGCACGUCUGGUCACCGCAUCCUUAGACAGGACAGCAAGAAUUUAUGACACGUGCACUGGAACUCAACUGCUUACGUUAAUAUUUGACGUUCCUCUUACGUCAGUCUGCAUGGAUAUAAUUGAAUGCAAUUUAUUCGUCGGAUGUAUUGACGGUAACAUCAGACAAUUUGAAUUACGAAAUCCACCGCGUAAUUUAGAAUAUCAUGUGUCUGAGGAAAAAAAUUUGGUUGUCUUUAAAGGACACACUGGAAGUGUCACUAAAUUAUCGGUGUCUGUUAAUUGCACGACACUUUUGUCAGCGGGUGCUGAUGGGAAUGUUAAUUUAUGGGAUAUACCAAGUCAGCAAAUUACAAGAACUAUAACCUUGAAGGGACCGGUUGUCACAGCGUUUUUUACACCAGGGUAUUCAAAUUAUCAUGCUGAUAAAUUUAAAUCUAAAAUAUUAGUACGGCCACUCCAGAGCUCGCUUUAUGAAAAUGAUAAAGACGCGGUUUUAGAAACUUUAACUGAUUCUAAUGAUUGUCCGCUUCUCGAUCCUGAGUUUUAUUUUACAAAUAAUUUAUCUGCGGGAAAUGACGAUGACAUCCAGACCAGACUGAUGGAAUCAAAUCACGAGAACAAGAGAUUGAUUAAAAUUAAUAAUGAGUUGUAUAAUAAUUUAAUUAAAAAUAUAAUGUCUCCGAAAAUGAAUGGAUCAUAAAAUAAAUAAACAAUGUCAAUUUAUUGACGUACUUUUAUAAAUAGACUGUUUUAUUUAGCCAGUCUUUGAAUCGCUCUGUUGUAUCUCGAGUACAAUAACAUGUCGCAAGGAAACGGUUGGUUGAAUCUUGUGAAUUUGAAUUUAAAUCCAUUGUCCUGUGGAAGCUGUGUCACUGUAGUCUGGAGCAAUUAAAUUAAUUUAAUUACUCGAUAUUUAUUAAAAUAAUACUGUAAUUUUCUAAUGGCUGUCACAAAAAAUUAUCAAGUUGGUAAAUUUAUUUAAAAUUAAUUUUUUAAUUGAAAUAAAUAGGAAAAAUUGAUGAGUUAUUUUCUUCAUUAAUAAAUUAUAAAUACUCGACUGUUUGGGGAAUCCUUUAAUUAGAUUACGACCACAAAGUAAAAUUAUAUGAAUGUCAUAUCUUGCCUGGGUAGUCAGUGAUGAUUUAUUUCAUCGAAAUAAUUAGAAACUUUGGUAUAAACGCGUAAAAUAAUUAUUUUACGAGGGAGAAUUUGAAUGACUAAUUAUUGAAAAUUACGACAGAGGAUCUAUGGCCUGUAUUUUCCAUGUUCACGACCGGUUUCCACCUACGACUCGUACAGACUCGCUCAUGCAUGUGAAUAGAAUACAUAGAUUUCUAGCCAUUGGUCCUCGUUAGACCCCGCAGAUUCCAUAGAAUAACAUGAAUACUGUACAUACCGUCGGUUCAAUGUGAACACCCACAGCAAACUCUUUCCCAUUAAAAAAAGCUCGGCUCAAGAUCUUCCGCACUCUGCUUUUGGUACAUAUAGGGACUGGUAAUUUUGAUCACGGUUAAAAAAUUAUGACAUAAAAGUAUUAGUUUGUAUGGUACAAUUUGUAUAUACUGACCGCGGUUGUCUAAAUAAACUAAAUAAUUAGAAAAAAGAGUAAUAUAAUUUUUGUCGUUGAUAAAUGCCAGCACGUGGUCUCCGACGCGUAUUGCUGGGUUCCAGUUCUUCAGCAUAUGAUUGAGCUGAGUUAUUGCUGAUCCACUGAGUAAGACAUUUCCU